UAGCUUUCUUCCGGUUUUAAACUUUGUAGAUCGGAAAAUCAACAGUAAAUGAUUAAUAGAAUCAACAAGUGCAAUAUUAAAGACAAAGAAGUGUUAUUAAAAGAGAAAAAAUAAAAACGAAGUAUGACUUAGUUAAAGUUCUCAAGAAUUUUCCGAGAAACAAAAAUAGCUUUAGAUUGAAUGGGUGAACACAAGAUAUUUCCCAUUUCCCAUGAAAAUUAAUGUUUAAAAAUAGAAAAAAUGUGCUCAAAACGGCGAUCGUGAAUCGGCACGGUGAAAAACUGUAAAAGAGUGUGUUGAGUUUCAUAAUCUUUGUUUUUCCUGUGAGUAAAAUUAUUUGUGACAUUUCGAUGUACUAAAUGAAGUGAUCAUAGAACUUAUACAAGGAAUAUCUACAUAAAACAAUUCAUUGCGUUAUUAGUACUACCUAGUUGAAUGUUGGGAAAGCAGAAUCAUCAAAAAUAUUGGAAAAACGAUAAUAGAAAAUCAGUGUUCUCUGCUCGAAAUAGACUUGAAGAAAAAUACAUAAGGAAAAGUGACCAUAAGGAGCUGAAAAAAGAUUUGUAGCGACCGUGUUAUGCCGUCGUCAAAAAACAAGUAGAGAAAAAAGUCUAAAAUUACACACAUCACAAGUGGGUACGUAUCAGGUUGUGAAAGACGAGGAGAGGAAAACACGGAAUCUUUUUUUAUAAUUCAUACAACAAAUAUAAUUAAAAUUUAGCUAUGGAUCCUCCAAGAGAAAAUUCACCAACGACGCCAUCACGAUAUCUUAACAGUUAUCUUCAGCAAAAUUCUACGGAAAUCUUUCAACAAAAUUUUCCUCAACGUCCACUUCAAAACCAACAAUUUUACACAGCUGAUAAUUUAACAAUAAGCAAUAAAAAUUAUCUGAAGCGUCACCAUCAAAACUAUCAUAACGAUAAAAAUGAAACUGAUAGAGAGAAAAAGUUCGAUAAAUAUGAUGGCAAUAAGAAGAUUGAUGAUGGUGCAAUACAACAAGGAACUUAUGAUGGCUUCAAUAAUGAAUCUUAUUCUGGAACAAAUAUCACAACAGCAACUACUACUGGUGCAGGAUCAUCAUCAACUACCCCCGCACCUUCACAACCAAAAGCCGGCGCUAAAAGUUUAUCGAAUGGCAAGAAAACCAAAGGUCGUGUUAAAAUAAAAAUGGAAUAUAUAGACAAUAAGUUAAGGCGGUACACCACAUUUUCUAAAAGAAAAACUGGCAUUAUGAAGAAAGCUUACGAGCUUUCAACUCUCACUGGAACUCAGGUGAUGUUGCUUGUCGCCUCAGAAACUGGUCAUGUUUACACUUUUGCAACUCGAAAACUUCAGCCAAUGAUAACAUCAGAAGCAGGAAAAACUUUAAUUCAAACAUGUCUUAAUUCACCAGAUGUGCCUGCUGCAGCUCCAACAAGUGAUCAGCGAAUGUCAGCAACAGGUUUUGAGGAAACUGAAUUAAAUUAUAGCAUAUCAGAAAUCGGGGAUAAUCCUGGCGAUAAGGAAAAACUUUCGUUUCAGGAUGACAUUACAUCAACAGAUGAUUCUUGCUGUGAAUCAAAUUGCGAGUCGAAUGAUGAGAAUUUUGCAGUUCCCAACCAACCAAAUCAUCUGAAAUUGCAGUUACAAACGUCAAACCCUGUGACAAUAUAUCAAAAAAACGGGAAUGAAGAUAAUGCGCAGCAAUUGCUGAUUCAAACAAAGAAUCAAAAAAUUAAUGAGAAGAUGUUAGACAAUCAAAAACUGUUGUUGGAAAGUUUAUCAAAUCUACCUCAAAACUUACUCCAAAGUUGGAUACAAUCUGGACAACUUCAAGUGUCUAUUGAUGAUGGUCGAUGGAAUGCAAUCUAUUACAAUCCCUUUUGCGGUACAGAAAGAGAACUCAACACAGGAAAUCAUAACAAAGAAAAUCCCGAUAAAGCUUCUUUCAGGAAAGAUAAAACAAGAAGCAGAAUAAAGUUUACCAUCACAAUUUCGAGCUUCAUGAUUCAAAAAUUAUUCGUAAUAAUUAUGAAAUGAUUUUAUUUCCUUCUGAAAAAAAAAGUUUAUUUAAGUUUAAUUCUCCCAUUUCUUAAUUUUCUAUUUUUUUGAUUGAAACCUGUGCAUUAUCGAACUUCGACAUAUUUAUGUACUUUAAUUUGAAUUGUGAUCUUAAUUUUUUUAUUUUAAUUUGAAAUGUUUUUGUGUUUAUUAUAUGAGUAGAAUCUGAUUAGGGAUUUUAUAAUAAUUUGUCAAACUGAAAAAUAAAAACCUGUUGAAUUGUUUUGCAAACUCCUAUAGAAGGAUUAAUUUAACAAUCUUACAAAGGUGUUCAUUGUUGAAGGCAUUAAAGAACUAAUUUUCAUGUGAAGAAGAUCAUAAAGGAUUAAAUCCCUUUAAGCAGAAUUAAAAGAAAGCUACAGAAUUAAAUAAUAUUUAAAACUUUUUUCACUUAAUAGGAAAACUAUCAAAAGAUGGUUUUGAUCAUAGAGAAAUCUCAUCAUAAAUCAUUACAUUUUAUCAUUGAGAUUGCAUGUUGCAACAUGUAUGUUUAAAUAAAUAAAGCUACCUAGCAUAAAACAGCAUAAUAAUGAGCUACCUAAAAUAUCCUACUUAAAAAUUUUGGAAAUGUAUGAUAUCUCGGUCUUUUUUUUACCUUUAAAAAAAGUAAAAGCAGCGUAAUCCUUGUUUUGUAUUUUUGCUAAGAAAUUUAAAAAAUAUAAAUAAUAAAAUAAAAUCUGAUGAUUCUUUUGUCACA